AUGUAAUUCAGAAAGCCCACUAACCUUUAACUAAAUAGAUCCUUCUAAAUCAGAGGUAUACUAAAGUCCAAGUUUGAAGAAUAAUUCUUCAUAAUUGACUGUGGAGGAGGAACUUUUAUCUUAAAGACUAAAUCGAUAGAAUCCCAUGAAUCAAAGGGUGAAUAAAUUUAGAAUAGAAUAAUAAGCUCGACUCCUUAGCAAAAGAAUAGAUCUUAAAUGACUGGUGUAAUGUAAAGGCUAGUAGAAGAUGAGAAGAAGAGAAAAGAGAAAAUGAAUUCAAUUUUGGAAAUGAGUCUGAGGGAGUAGUCUGAGGUUUUCCAUGAGAAGAUAAAGGCGCAAGGAUCUUUUGAUCAUUUUCUUAAAUAAUAGCAAGAAUGGGAGUAUAAGAAGAAUCUUAAGAUAUCGAGUAUGAUUCAGGAGAACUUGAAAAAUAGCUAUUUGGGCAGCGGAAUAACUCCUAAAAUGUCUGUUAAUAAAGCUUCAGGCUAACAGUAGUAAAGAGCCACACAACCUGUCUUUGAAAGAUUAUUCUCAGCCUAAAAGUCAUACAUAGAAUAAAAAUAAAAUUAAAUGAAUAAAGUUGAUAAUUCUGCACUGUCAACUAGAAAAGUAAAUAACUAAGAACUGGUAGAAAGACUUUAUUAUAGCAGUAGAAAUGAAAAGUAGGAAAGAGAUGCUGAGAGGAAGAAAAACUAGUCAAAUGCUAGUGGAAGAGCUAGCAGUAUCAAUAGUAGCGUUAGUUAUACGCUACCUAAAUCAUAAAAACUAUUGCAAAAUGGUAUAGAAAAUGAAUUCACUUUGUUUUUGAAGCAGUAAAAUCAUACAGAAAAUGGAAAUAUGUAUCUAGUUGAGCUGCCAGGAAUGCUUAAAAAUAUUGGAUUCCUGCUACAACCUUUAGUUGAAUAGGACAGAUAAUUGGCUAAAAAUUAUGUUAAAUUACUCUAGAAAUAUGCAGAUGAAGAGUCAGUAAGUUGUAAUAUUAACGAUUUAGAACAAUAAAAUAUGAGCGUAAAUGAGGAAGGAACACCUUAAAUUUCCAAGAAAAGCAAGCAGAUCGCCAAUAAAAAACUAGAUGAUGUUCUCAAAUAAAAAAAAGAAGAAGAUGAACUUUAAGGUGUAACAUUUAAGCCGGAGAUUAUAAAAUCAUAUCGACCAAAAGGAAAUCUUACUGAUGCAUGUCGAAGCCCCACAUCAAAUCUUAGUUCAUCUAGAUUUGAUUCACUUUAUCAGAAAGCUUUAGAAAAGCCAGAGAAAAGAGAUAGGAAUAUUGAUGAAAUAAAGUUUGAGUAGGAGAAAGAUCAUUUUACAUUCAAACCUUAAAGGGAAAAGCCUGCUCUCUUUGUUUCGCAAAGAAAUCCUGACUAAAGAGAACCUCUCUAUAAUAUGAAGCAGGCACUUUCUCCAGCCAAAAGCAUUUUGAGUCAUAUUUAGCCUAAACCGAAGACAGUAAGAUAGAAGAAUGCUGCAUCUAGGCCUAAUACCGCUAAGAAAAUUUAUGUUCAGACUCAAGAAGAUGAUGAAGGAAACUCAUUAUUCUAUAUUGAUGUGAAUGUGAAUAGCUCGAAAAAGAGAAUAGUUUUUAGAGAGAAUGAUGUUCCUGAAAGUGUGGCUUCAAUUUUCUGCAACAAAUAUGAUAUGAGUAUGGAAUAGCAGCAAAUUUUAAUUAAGAAAUUGAAGCAAUAGCUUUAAUCUACUUAUCAUCACUGA